AUGAAAAUUUCGCUUGUAACAAUAUUUCUGUUCCAAUUUUGGCUAACUUCCGGAGAGCUCUCAUUUUUCGAAGAGCAACAAUUAUUAUCGUGUCAAUUGUGUCAAGAACAAUUGGUAUUUCGAACAGCCGAAAUGCAAUAUUUGAAAUUGUUGGAAAGAAUUUGUGGGGGACGCGUCACGGAAUGUUAUGAGAGGGAAUUUGCGAUUUUUAGGACACAGAAGAUGUUGAUUGAAAAACAUGGAUUUACUCCGAAAUUGGCUUGUAAAACUGUUGGGGGACAUUGUUUAUUUGAGGAAAUUAAAUAG